GGAAAUAGAGCGAAACCCCGAGAUCGCACGCCCUCUGUAAACCCUAGCCGCCGAUCUCGUCGUCGGACGGCAUAAUGGUUGGGGGCGGAAUGGAGGAUAACAGUGGCGGUAGGGGAGGUGGAGGGCAGGCGGCGAUCGGUGAGAAGGAGACGGCGGCGGGGGCGAAUCCCGGACUAAACGGGAAUGCGCCGCCCCCUUUCCUCAGCAAGACUUACGACAUGGUGGAUGAUCCGGCGACCGACGCGAUCGUAUCGUGGGGCGCCGGAAAUAACAGCUUCGUCGUGAGGGAUCCGCCGGAGUUCGCCAGGGAUCUCCUGCCCAAGUACUUCAAGCACAAUAAUUUCUCUAGCUUUGUUCGGCAGCUCAAUACUUAUGGUUUUCGGAAAGUUGAUCCUGAUCGCUGGGAAUUUGCGAACGAGGGAUUUUUAAGAGGGCAAAAGCACCUGCUUAAAACUAUCAACAGGAGGAAACCCUCUCAUGGACAUGGGCAAAGUCAAAAAGAGCAACCACAACCGCAACUGCAACCACAACCACAACCACAACCACAGAGUGCUCCAGCUACUGCUUGUGUUGAGUUGGGCAAGUUUGGGUUGGAAGAAGAGGUUGAGCAGCUGAAGAGAGAUAAGAAUGUACUCAUGCAAGAGCUUAUUAGGUUGCGCCAGCAGCAGCAAACCUCAGACCAUCAGUUACAGACAUUGAUGAAACGCCUCCAGGGAAUGGAACAACGUCAACAACAGAUGAUGGCAUUCCUCGCAAAGGCCAUGCAGAGCCCUGGUUUCUUUCCGCAAUUUGUGCAGCAAAAUCAAAAUGAUAGCAACAGACGCAUUACUGGAGUUAACAAGAAGCGGAGGCUGCCAAAACAGGGAGAUAGUCAUGAUGAUGAGAUGCUCGAAGGUCAAAUAGUGAAGUACCAACCACUGAUCAAUGAAGCAGCCAAAGCAAUGCUAAGACAAAUUAUAAAGAUGAAUGCAUCUGCUAGGUUGGAAUCUUUUGGAAAUUCUGAUAAUCUUCAACUAGAGAACUUCCAAAUUCCAUCUGAAGCAUUUGAAAGCACAGCAAGUCAGAAUUCUUGUGUUACUUUGUCAGAGAUCCCUUCAAAUUCUGGCUUUCCAUUUGUUCCUACUGCCUCUGCGGUAUCUGAUCAGUCUUCUGCAGUAGCUAAUGAAAUGAUUGGACCAGAUGACAUUGGAGUGUUAUCUGUAGUUCCAGAGGAAAUUGCUCCAUCUCCAACUAACAUUGACAUCCCAGAUCUCCCUGAGUUACUCGGAAUAGAUCCUGAAGACAAUGUUGCUGAUAUUCCAGUUGAAACUUUGGAAAUGCCCAAGCCACAGGACAUGUAUGCUAACCAGAAUGCCUCGGUCUUGCAAGAAGUUGGACCUUUAGAUAUUGAUGGUUUUUCAGCAGAUACUGACAUCAACCUGUUCAAUGAUGAGGAGAAGCUCCCUGGCAUUAUCGAUGAUUUCUGGGAGCAAUUCCUGAUGGCUAGCCCCCUCGCAGUAGACACAGAGGAGGUUGAAUCCACCACCCAGGAGCAGAUGGAGGUUCAGCCAAGUGCAGACAAUGUGUGGAACAACACUGAACACAUGAAUCAUAUUACGGAGCAAAUGGGGCUUCUUUCAUCAGCUCCUAAGCUUUGAUGUGGUUUAUCAUCCUACCACAGAAGCAUCUUGGUUCAGAUUUUGGACAUUAACAUUUUGCUACUAAAAUCAUUGCAACCGUUGGAGAUUGCAAGAAGGCCAUGGUAAGUGUUUAUUUGACUCGCCAAGGGAGUACUUCCUAGAAAAUCGAUUGCGUAUCAGUUCUGUAUGGAAGGCGAAGCUACAUAUUGUAUCGCCUUCUGGUUAUUAGUAGCAGCUCCAUACGAAGAAAACUUUCAUUGCAUAAAAGUGUUUCUGUGACUUCAAACUGGACUCGAAACCUAAGAGUCCUUAACCUGAAUGAUCUGGUUCACUUGUUGGACUAGAAUAUGAGAAAUUCUAGCUGACCAAGCCGAUCGAACAGGUCGGUUUGGGUUGAUCCAACCAUUGAGCAUUUUUUUUGUUGGAAAGAGAUUUUAAAA